AUGUUCUGUCUUCAUGACAGCUGUGGCUCAGCCGUGGUUUCUGACUGCGCUAACCCUUCCGGGCCGCGCAAUAAGCCCCCGCUUUCGGAGCUAACCGGAAAUGCCAGUGCGCAUCGUCCAUUCAAUCCCAUCGGCCCAGAGAAGGAGACCAUCGGCCGCCGUGUGGACUCGAUCUCGGCGAUUCGGGCAAGUCGACGGUGGUGGAGGCCUGCGCCGUGUAGAUUGCCCGCAGAUGCGGUGCUUCUCCAGCGAGGUAGAGCAGCCUCCGGAGAGCAUAGUUGCACGGGACGAAGGAGUACUCUCACCGGCCGCCACAACCGAACGAGAAAGUGCUUGUUACUUCUUCUGUCCUGUUUGACGGAGCGCAAAGCCUUUACUGGCAUCAGUCACCUGCUUGCCUACAUACUUCUCACCCAAAGAAGUAAAGGCCGGGAAGACCUGAUUUGUCGCCGGGAGUCCGCCAUCGCGGUUGUUUCUUCAGAGAAGGGGGAAAAAGAAAAGGGGGUCACUGCUUCUGCCCACACACACUCUCUCUCUCUCCCGGUUCACCUCAGACGCUGGUCCAGUCACCAAUCUAAGUCACCAUCGCCUGGGCGCGGCCCAUCUGCCCCGCCGAGUCAAGCCUCUCUCUCGCUCUGCAGCAUGCUGAAGCCCGCAUGCGGAAACGCCAGACAGCUGCAUCACAUGUCUUUUUUCGUCCCUACUCUCUCGUCCACUCCGUAG